UUAGGCGGACGUCAUACACGCAACCUGUUAGAGGGGCGCGCCGAGGGGUCCGGGGGGAGAGACGUCCAACGUCCCGACGCUCAAUUUCCCACGCGAUCCGACGCUCAUUUCGGGAUUCGCGUCCUCUAGGAUAAGUUUCCCUUCGUUCGCAGGAUAAUAUUGCGGUGGCGGGAAAGUUUAUGCGAUUUUACGGUAAAAUCAUGUAUUUGGGCGUUUUUUGUGCUUUUCUCAUUUUAGGUAUAAACCCCGUAGAACCCUCAAUAAAUCUUCACAAAUUCUUCGAUACAACUUACUCGGACUAUCUCCUUAAGAUAACCACAUCCCCUAUGUCCACGUGCGACGAACAUCAGCUGAAGGACAUUUGUUUCUGGAAAAAUAUGUCCUACUUAAUUAAUCCCGAUAAGGAUAAACGAAUUGGAACUAUCGGACCUCCCCAGGAUCCCGAUUUAUGUAACGUCGGGAAUAUUAAAUAUGACGUAAUAAGAGGUGCGGAUUUUGUCAAAUUAUACCCUCCGGACUCCGAUUCCGCUUUCUGGACUAUAGGAGUCAAAGCAGGAAGAGUUGGUAAAUUUGAAGCUAAUUUGGAAUGUACCUUAUUAGCUAACGAAAGGACAAAAAAAUUUAUUAAAACGGUGGAUAUUAGGUUUGAGGAGGAGUGUACAGUGCCAGUGCCACAAGAUCCUGAAAGUAUCAUAAAACUGGAUAGUAAAAAAAUAUUAAAGGGAGAGACCUUUCAGGUGAUGCUAUUUCUAGAUAAAAGCGCUAAGGGGGUAAACACUUAUAAGGCCUACAUAAAAGACCAAACAGUUGCUGACUAUCUAUCGCCAAAUUUGUUAGAAUUCCAGGAUUCCAGAGAGGGAAGAAACGGGACUAUUAUACAUUACACUUUAACAGCCACAAAAACCAAAAAUCUUAAAAACGAUUUGAGUUUUAUGGCAGCACUGGAAAACACGAAUAAAAAUUGCAUUAAGGAGAAUAAUAUUACGGGAUUUAUUAAUGUGACUAUUAAAUGUGGAACCAAACGUAUCAAACGGUCCUAUAUUUUCAAUAACAACAGCAAGAUAUUAAGGACUGCCGCUGCUUACGCCAGAGUAACCCAACCACACUCACCCUCCAGCAUGACAAACUUCAAAUGUACAACCACGAACGUGGAAAACAACCCUUUCAACAUCACCCACGAAGGCAUCAUCUACGUGGCAGACUCCAAAGCUAUCCGAGAGUCACCUGUGAACACCAUCACCUUAAACAUCUCUUGGACAAAGAACAACGUGUCCCAAAGCGAAGAAAUAGAAGUCAAGAUAAUCAAUGAAACGGUCACAACCUGUGAUACUUUGGGAAGUUCACCGAUGGAGUGGGAGAGCUGCGCCUCCAAGGACACAGCCAAAUCUUGUGAAAGGAAGAGUUUCUGCGGUCAAGGUACUGGUGGAGCCAACAGUGUCCAAACUAGAUCUCAACUAAAGAGAUGCAUUUGGCGUGGAGAUGAUCGAAUAAUAAGCAGCGAAACAGUUUUUUAUCACACUUGUACACCAGAUCCGGUGUAUUGUCCGGAUAACAAGUGUGACUCCUUGGAGAUGCUCGAUGUCGAGUACCUUUGCCCUCAAGAUUGCUCAGAACGUGUAAGUUUUCCUUCGGUGAUUAAUCCGAAGACUGGAAGGGGUGUGGAGGAGUGCGAUGGAGUGCUGGUUUGUCAUAUGGGAUGUUCGUGUAAUCCUCCAAAAAAUGACACUAAAAAGCCCAAUGUGAAGGAGGGGUUGGUGAGGACCCAGGAGAAAAAAGAAGAAAGCGACGUUCUCUGUGACACUGACUGUAUCCUUUUUGCUAGUGGAGGAGCGUCUCUAAUAAUCUUGGCGCUGGGAUGUAUUGUCAUCUGGAAACUCAUCAAGACUAAGAAAAUGUAUAAGGGGAAGUAUAUGGACAACUUACCGGAGGCGGAAACGCCAUUUUCCGACUAUGUCGAUCGACACGUUGCUUCUGAACCUUUGGUGCUGAACUUUCAGAUGAGCAGCAGCUUGGACAAUAAUAGUCCAAAUGGAGUCAGACAUAUUAGGGUGGAUCCAAAAUGGAAAUUUUCCAGACACCAAUUAUUCAUCGAGCAAGUGCUUGGCGAGGGAGAGUUUGGAAAGGUCUUGAAAGCAAAAGCUUUUAAUAUUGCUGGAAGACCAGGAUAUUCUUUAGUAGCAGUGAAAACCCUUAAAGAUGACGCCAGAAAGCAAGACUAUAACGACCUGUUCUCAGAGUUCCAGCUAUUAAAAGAGGUCCAUCAUCCCCACGUAAUACAACUAUUGGGAGUUUGUUCAGACGAUGGGCCUCUGUAUGUUAUCAUUGAAUAUGCCAUAUUUGGAUCCUUACGAAAUCACUUGAGACGAAGCAGACACGUGAUAGCAGCAAGUGAAGCGGGUGAUAUCGAAGGCAACUCCAACCAUAAGGUCACCCCAAGAGACAUUUUGUCUUUUGCAAGACAAAUUGCCAGUGGUAUGUCCUACCUGAGUGACAUCAAGUUGGUCCAUAGAGAUUUGGCUGCCAGGAAUAUCCUUCUGGCAGAGAAUAAAGUCUGCAAGAUCUCUGAUUUUGGACUGACAAGGGACAUAUAUGAAGAUAACGCCUAUUUCAAGAAGAGCAAAGGACGAGUUCCUGUUAAGUGGAUGGCUCCAGAAUCACUGGCUGACCACGUAUAUACCACAAAAUCAGACGUGUGGAGUUUUGGAAUUCUGAUUUGGGAAUUGGUCACUUUAGGAGCGAGCCCUUAUCCAGGUAUCCAAGUGCAUAACUUGUAUAAUUUGUUGAAGCAAGGAUAUAGGAUGGAGAGGCCACCCAAUUGUUCUGCAGCCCUAUACUCAGUAAUGAACCGCUGCUGGCACAGCAGUCCAGAGGACCGACCCUCAUUUCUGGAACUCUAUCACUGUUUCGACAAUUUAUUGACUGACAACGUGAAUUAUUUGGACUUGUCUGAUAACUCCAUCAUUAAUAAGAGCUAUUUUACCAAUUUCUCUAUAGAGCAAGACACUGGUUCAGAUGAAAAGGUGAAUUUUUUGAAAAAUGACGUUGAAAAACCCUGCAGCGAGGAGAAACUAUUGAACGCAAACAUGAAAGAGAGCGUGGUGGGUUACGAAACUCCUGUUAAAAACCCACGGCCUGUUAUAGUCACUAGUAAUAAAAUAGAUGAGCAGUAUACUGAUAUGGAUGCCAAAAAAUAAUUAUAUUUUAUUUUUAAAUAUUUUACAUUCCAGGUUGAUUACAUACAUAUAUAAAAAAUGCUGUUAUGUGUUGCCUCUCAUGGAGUUUUCGUAAAUUUUAUAAAUGUCACUAGAAAUUUAAUUGAUAAGGAAAAUUAAAGAGAACUCUUGCUGCUGGUAAAUUGCCACCUUGCAUUUUAAUGUGAAUUAUUAAGACUGAUGAAAGCAGGAAAUUGUUUAUUAAUGAUUGUUGGCUUAAAAAAUGAUGCUUUUUGAUAAAAGUGUUGCUGUGUCUAAUGAAAUUUGGUUCCCGUCUUUGGAAUAACAAAAGACAUUUUUGGUCUUAAAUAUUUUUUAAAAUUUUAAACUCUAAAGUCGCCUACCAAAUCUUUUUUUUGCAAUUACUGCAUCAAUGCCUUGCAUGUACAUAUAUACCUCAUAAUCGAUAUAAUAAACAUUGUAUAAAAUACCUAAAUAUAUUAUUAUUGCUAAAGCUUUUAUAA